AUAUGGUUAUGGCAUGAGCCUGUUUCUCCGUUUUGUAGCUCUGAAGCUGCCUAGAAUAUGAUGAUAUUAACACUGCAUAGUUGUGGACGCAAUUAUUGAAUGCAGGGAGAACGUAAUUUCAAUAGAUUUGGUGGGUGGCUUGGCAAGAAUUCUACGGCGGGAAAAAAUACAAGGUUGCUGGAGGAUCUGCAUGUUCAUGUCCUUCCUUCCCGUGAAUCCAGCUCUGGGAGGGAGACUCUUCGUGUUGAUUAUGUACCCCUUCUCUUGAACCGCUUGACGAGUCCAAUCCAGACACUGCCUAAGGAUGAAGCUGUUUCAGAAGUUGUUGAAUUCAUGAACUCCUACUCUAUAAGCCAAGAGGACUAUGAUACUAUUAUGGAGUUGGAGAAAUUUAAGGGACGUGCAAAUCCAUUAGAGGGUGUCCCACCUGCAGUUAAAACAGCUUUGACUAAAAAAUACAAGGAGACGAAUAAAACCAGAAUGGUACGUGCUGCUGACAUGGUGCAGCUUCCGGGGUUGAAAAAAGCGCCGAAGAAGCGAAUGGGUGCAAUGCUUGAACCAAAUGUUGAAAGUUUGGGAGAUGAAGACGGCGUGCCGUUAGCAGUGAAUGAAGAAGAAAACGACUCAGGCGCUGAAGACUCAGAAGAAGCAACUAAUGGAGAAAAGCUGGAGUCAAAUCUAAAACAACUGAAUGCUAGAGGGAUCCAAGUUGAAGUGGAUUUGAAAGGAGCUGGAAGCUCAGGUACAAGAAAGGCAGCUGGUAAAGGCAGGGGCAGAGGCAGACGCAAAGCAGCAGAUGCUUCUGCGGCUGAGAAGAAGGCUACAGGACGAGGCGCUGGUGCCAAGAGAAAGAGAUGAGAAAAAGCCAAAAUCGUUUCGGUUUUCAGGCAAUUUUAUCAAGAAACAUCUCUUCUUGGAACGCUGUCAUGUUUGGAUAUAAAAGCCAUUUUCGGUUUUUUUUUUUUUUCUUCCUGGAUUGACAAAUGAAGUUUAUGCUGUCACUGGAGUUUUAGGGCACAAGGCUUUGCUCUUUUUAACUGAAUUGCAAAAAAACAAACUAAUACAAGAAGACACGAAACCUUCAAAAUGA